AUGAAUCCAGAGUUAAUCAAAUUGCGUGGAUUUAACAACACUAACCAUACGGUUAUCACUGGCGAUGGCUAUAUAUUGACAGUGUUUCGUCUAAUUAAACCACAAUUGACUACAACUACUACUACUACCGGUGCUGAUGAUAGUAUAGUACAGCCACCGCCGUCCAGAGGACCGGUAUUGUUAUGGCACGGACUUGCAGUUUCAUCGGAUAUAUAUCUAGUCGGUAAUCGGGGACAGUUGUCUACGAGUACUGGCCAGUAUAGUGAACGUAACGGUACGUUAGUCAACGAUUGCCAGUUAACGUUGACAUCCAAUCUGGCGUUUACAUUGUCCGCAUGCGGUUAUGAUGUCUGGUUAGGCAAUACCCGCGGCAAUCAAUACUCGGAUAAACAUUUAAAUCAAUCAACUGUUGGCUAUGUUGGCCAUUCAAUGGGUUCAACAAUAAUGUUAAUACUAUUAUCAAUUGAUCCAGAUUAUCAUCAAUACUUGAAACCGGUCAUAUUGAUGGCACCGGUAGCCUAUAUGAGCCAUACAAAUGCUAUAUUACGUACACUUAUACCGUUAGUUAGUAUAUUAAGCAAAUUGAUUGCACCGUUAGGUUUACCGGUAGUCAUAAUGCAAUUCAUAGCCACCUAUUUGUGCGCUAAUAGUGAUCUGAAAUUUUUAUGUCAACUAAUAUUUACAACAAUUGUCGGCUAUAAUCCAUAUAUUAAUCAACCGGACACAAUACCUGUAUUUAUUUCAAAAGCAUUUCAAUUUAUGUCGACAAAACUUUAUCUACAAUACGGCCAGUUUAUGCGAUCGGGUAGAUUUGGACAGUUUGAUUAUGAUUUAGACAAUAUCCUAGCCUAUGGACAGCUACGGGCACCCGACUAUCCCGUCAAACAUAUACGAUCACCAUAUAUGGCCAUAUAUAGGGGAUGGACUGAUUUGCUGGCCGACGGUAGCGAUAUUGACAAACUUGUUGGCCAACUAAACGAUAUUGCUAUUACAUAUUAA